UCAAAUAACCGGCGAUCCGGCGGUUUGAACCUGGAUGGACAAGUCUACUCGGGUUCACCUCAGGGUUUUUCGAGUGGGAUCCGAAUAGAGUCGGUCAAACAUUUAUCGGGUCGGUUGGGAUGAUUAGGUAUUCAAACAAUCGGGUCUCGGGUCCCGACUAAAGCCAUUGCCAUCCGUCAAGUCUUGUCGAUCUCCGUUCCCCGCCGCCGAUAAUUAUUCGAAUCUUUACUCUUCUCCGAUUAUUGCGGUACUCAUACGGAAGUUCGAUCCAUCUUGUUUGGUGGCUAGAACACAUGGGGCACAAUUGUUUGUUUAAUUGGUGUAAAUUUCAAUCUAUCUUCAUAAUGAGCAUUCAAACGAUGCAAGCGUGUUCGGCCUGGAAGGAUUUUAAUGGGCGCUGCACGGUUUGUGCUUCUUUGAAGCCAAAAAUGGUGUACGCCGCGCAGUGGCUGGCCCCCAGAACCCGAAGGAUGUCUACACUAUGUGCCAUUCAGUUUCGGCCUUGCAUUGACAUACACAAGGGGAAAGUGAAACAGAUUGUCGGUUCCACUCUUAAAGAUUCUAAAGAAGGAGAUUCAAGUCUUAUAACUAAUUAUGAAUCGGAUAAAUCUGCUGCAGAAUAUGCUAAAAUGUACAAGGAUAAUGGUUUAACUGGUGGCCAUGUGAUCAUGCUUGGAGCUGAUCCUUUAAGCCAAUUAGCAGCAAUAGAAGCAUUACAUGCAUAUCCAGGUGGUUUGCAAAUAGGAGGUGGUAUUAAUUCAAGUAAUGCCAUCAGUUACGUAGAUGAGGGAGCAAGCCAUGUCAUUGUAACUUCUUAUGUGUUCAAUGACGGACAAGUCGAUUUUGAAAGGCUAAAGGAACUUGCUCAUGUUGUGGGGAAACAGAGACUUGUUUUGGAUCUUAGUUGCAGAAAGAAGGAUGAUAAGUAUGCAGUUGUCACAGAUAGAUGGCAGAAAUUCAGUGAUGUGUAUCUUGAUCAAGAAAUUUUGGAGUUUCUUGCAAAAUAUGCUGAUGAAUUUCUGGUCCAUGGAGUUGAUGUCGAAGGCAAAAAGUUGGGGAUUGACGAAGAGCUUGUGGCUUUACUUGGCAAGCACUCACCUAUUCCGGUCACAUAUGCUGGUGGAGUCACUGUUAUGGAUGAUUUAGAGAGGAUUAGAAUUGCAGGAAUGGGACGUGUAGAUGUCACUGUCGGUAGUGCUUUGGAUAUAUUUGGUGGUAAAUUGCCUUAUAAGGAUGUGGUUACUUGGCAUUCCCAGCAAGAGGCUUCGGCAGUAUGACAUUAUCUUGGUUUGACCAAAUUUUCAUCAUUUUUUCUGCCGCCCUUGCUCCACAUAAUUUGGCCAUGUAUGAUUUAUGCAUAACUUAUUGCGGAAAAACAGUACCGUAAGUUUUAAGGUUAUACGACCAGCUGCAUUUCCGACAGUUAAGGUUUUGUUCUUUAUCUUUGCACUUCAUAAUGAAUCGCAGAUCAUGUUGGCUUGUGUGAUUGCAAACUAAAGCAGAGUUCAGCAGAUCGAUUUAUAAAUUUUAAUUCUUAAGGAAAUGUGGUUUAUAGAUUGCGUUAUUUGUGAUGUAUGCUUAUUCAUUUGCAGCGAAGGUUAGCUUGGAAGGUUCUAAAUUGAAGUAACUU